AUGCCUCGCCCCAAAGUCAGACCAGAAGAUCGCCAACGCUCAUCUAAAGCAUGUUUGCCAUGCCAGGCUUCCAAAAUCCGUUGUGACUCGCAGUCGCCAUGCAUGUCGUGUAUGCGACGAGACCGCGCCUCUACAUGUUCGUACAAUGAAACCAGUAGACGACGAUCACAUGGACAUGUUCGCGAUCGCCCUCGCCCAGUCAGGUUUGUCUCUCGGAAGACCACUAGGUCUACGACCAGUAGUGGUCCUUCUUCUGCACCACCCCGACAGUCAACACCGAUAAAUACUGUAGAUUGUAAUGACGACUCACACGCAAAAUUGUUCCGAGGGAAUUCCCCGCAGUCUGGCCCUGUGUUGGAUUCACCUCAAUGCACAGAGAGCCGGCUACUGUUAAGUUCUAAGGGUGAGAAAGUAUAUGUGGGGGAGACUUCGGCACUAUCAUUCCUGCAGUUUCUACGUGGAAUCAUGAAAAAAUACAUAGGACCUUCUGCAUUUACAGAAAAUGGGCGCGUAAAUUUCAUGCUAGAGGCCGACACAAAUGAAGACCAAGAAGUGGCCUUGGAAGAGAGUCUCGAAGAAAAAGAAGACCUGAUUCAGACUUUUUUUGAAGCAUCUAGUGGCUUUUUGGAUCUUUUUGAUCAAACUGAUAUAUUGAGAAUUCUUCAAACCGAAGACUCUUCCCAGAAGCGAAGACUAAGCAAAGAAGAGCUAGGCAUUUUAUACCUCGUGAUUGCCAUUGGUGGGCAAUGCCGGGGGCUAAAUUCCAUGGACUCUCAUUAUGCAGUCAAAUACUUUUCAAAGGGCCAGCAGCUAGCCUUCGACGGCAUGCUUAGAGACCCUAGUAUCAAUAUGGUACGGAUAUUUCUUCUGAUGACGUUCUAUAUGUUGGGGGCAUGCCAUCGAAAUGCAGCAUACAUGUACCUUGGGGUGGCAUCUAAAGCAGCUGCCACUUUAGGAUUGCACAUCAGCAAACAAUAUCAAGGACUUUCAGAGAAUGAACAUCUACUUCGAUGGCGGGUGUACAAAUCGCUCCGAGUUUUCGACAUCUUAGUUAGCACCCCCUUGGGUCGACCGGUCAGCUCACUUCCUUUAGACUACGACGAAUUACUUCUACAAAAUCGAAUUCAUACCCAGAGUAUGACUGCUGUCUCGGCGGCAUUCUCUGGGUCCGCAAUACUAGAAGACAUUGUCCAAAAAUUGAGAGCCACGGGUAAUAACUUCGAUAGUCCUACUGCCGAACAGUUUCUUCAUCGUCUGCGCCAGUGGACUAACAGCUUGCCCCUAAAAUUUCGCCAGUUGGCCGCUGAUUAUGAUACAGUCGCUGUCAUUCGUGAAACAGCUAUCGGCAGUGUUCACAUUAGUUGUAUAUAUUAUUUCGCCAUUAUAUUAACUACGCGGUCUUUUUUAAUAUUACAUCUGAUGGCCCGCUUGAAAGAAUUAUCGAUUCUGGCAUCUAGUCCGGUCAAUAAUCCAACUCUACAGUCAGAGCCCGAUAUGAAGACCUCCCGGCUUGCCAAUGUUUGUAUUCAAGCCGGAGCGUACAUGGCAAAUAUGUGCGAGAAGGCGAUGCUCUCGGGGCUUUUGUUGAAAAAUAUGUGUAUUGUGAAAGCAUGGGUCUUUGCCGCCGGUCUGGUUCUUGGAUUUUCGCUCUUCGCCUAUGACGACACGGAAUCUCGUCGCGAUACUGAGGCUAGCUUCCAAAGUGCCCGGCACGUCCUACGUAAUCUAGCAAAUUUGAGUCCUCAAGCGAAGCACUACGAUGAAAUAUUGACUUCCUUUGCCGAGGCCAUUAUUAAUCACCGACAGCAAAUCCUAUCGCAUAGACAGAAAGUAACGAGCAAGUUCAUUGACUGCAUUUUGGAUAUUGAUAUAGCGCCAACAGACAGAUUGAUAUAUCAAUUCGAGGAUAAUAAUAAUGACGUCACUGAGUAUUGUUACUCUGACUAUGACAAGACGUCCCAGGCAUUGCCGGGGACUGCAGCACUUGAUAGUGGCAGUGUCGAAUUGGCAAGCUCUGAUGAUAUCGGGGAUGUUGGCGUUGAUCUUGAUGGAUUUAGUGGGUUCUCUUUCCAGGAUGGGGGUAAUUGGUCAAUUGAUUAUGAGCCUUUUGGAUUGCUCUUUGACGGAAUGUAA